AUGGAUGGUGGACUUCCCAGUAUAGAUGGGCCAUCUAGAUCAUCUGAUUCUUGGCGGCCUUGUACUGGGUGGGAUGAUUCUGGAAUUCGGGGGGAUGAGAACUUUUCCUGUCCUAAAUGUGGGGAAAGUUUUUACUCUGAAUUAAGUCUUUCUAUACAUCAGCGAUCUCACACUGAGAAGAAGCAAUAUUACUGCUCUGAGUGUGGGAAAUGUUUUUCAAAGAGUUCCCACCUUAGCUCACAUCAGAGAUUGCACACAGGCGAGAAGCCGUAUUCCUGUUCGGAGUGUUGGAAAAGUUAUACACGGAAAACAGAACUUGUUAUACAUCAGAGAUCCCACACAGGGGAAAAGCCAUUUUCCUGCCCUGAGUGCGGGAAAUGUUAUAUACGGAAAUCAGAUCUUGCCACACAUCGUAGAUCACACACAGGGGAGUUGCCGUAUUCCUGCUCUGAGUGUGGGAAAUGUUACCCACGAAAAUCAAAACUUGCUGUACAUCAGAGAUCUCACACAGGGGUGAAGCCAUAUUCUUGCGCUGAGUGCGGGAAAUGUUAUUCACUGAAAUCAGAUCUUCUUAUACAUCAAAGAUUGCACACGGGCGAGAAGUUGUAUUCCUGCACCGAGUGUGGAAAAUAUUUUUCACAGAGGUCCCAUCUUUCCAUACAUCAGAGAAUGCACACGGGUGAGAAACCUUAUGUCUGCCCCGAGUGCGGGAAAUGUUUUCCACAGAAUUCAGCCCUUGUGAAGCAUCAAAGAACUCACACUGGGGAGAAGCCAUUUUCCUGCUCUGAAUGCGGGAAAUGUUUUUCAAGGAAGGGCAAUCUUAUCACACAUCAGAGAACUCACACGGGGGAGAAGCCCUAUUCUUGUCCUGUCUGCGGGAAAUGUUUUUCAUGGGAUACCAGUCUUGCGAAACAUCAGAGAUCUCACACGGGUGAGAAACGAAAUUCCUGUUCUGAGUGCGGGAGAUGUUUCCCUCGUAAAUCAGAACUCAUCAUACAUUAUAGAUCUCACACGGGAGAGAAGCCGUAUUCCUGCCCUGAGUGCGGGAAAAGUUUUUCACAGAAGAACAAUCUUUCCAGACAUCAGAGAUUGCACACGGGGGAGAAGCCGUAUUCCUGCCCCGACUGCGAUAAAUGUUACCCACAGAAAUCAGAACUUGUUAUACAUCAAAAAUCUCACACAGGGGAUUGGCCUUUUUCCUGUCCUGAGUGUGGGAAAUUUUUUGCAAGGAGGACUUAUCUUUCCAGACAUCAGAGAUUACACACGGGUGAGAAGCCUUACACCUGCCCUGAUUGCGGGAAAUGUUUAUCAGAUAAGACCAGUCUUUCAAGACAUCAGAAACUGCACACGGGCGAGAAGCCGUAUUCCUGUCCGGAGUGCGGGAAAUGUUACACACAGAAAACAGAACUUGUUAUACAUCAAAGGUCUCACACAGGAGAGAGGCCAUUUUCCUGCCCUGAGUGUGGGAAAUGUUUUUCACAUAACUCCAAUCUUACCAAACAUCGCAGAUUGCACAUGGGUUAG